AUUAAGUACCUACUUUGGAUAAGGAGUGCCAUCGGGUCCUGGGCAGUCAUUGCUUUGGAGAGCAUCUCCCCAGGCAUAUUUUAAUCUUGGGCCGCAGUCUGCUGCUAUGCAAAAAGUCAACAGCACCUAGUAAACGUAAACUGAUAAACUUCUUAAACACAUUUUUAUAAAUUAAGCCGUAAUAAUAAUUGAACUAAUAAUAUUUAUUGAAUAGUGCGACACAGUUUUAUAUGCGAAAUUUUGUCCGAAUGUGAAGAUGAUACAUUCGCGUAAGUGGAAGGGCGUGCGGUCGACGCACUGCCCGCUCAGACAACAAGUGGUGUUUCAUUAUAACGGGAGUUUAGCCGAGAGUCCUCAGUACCGGCGGGCGACCGGCGGCAGUCGGCGUGAUAAGUUUUGAACUCUCAAAACUCAAUGUUGAAACAACUCCAUCUAUCUGAACUUGGUUAAAACACUAUUGUAAGUCACGUAAACAACAAUGCCUUGAGUUCACUACGUUAUGAAAACGAAAAAACAAGCAACUGAUAGGUAUUUAUUUUUAUCAUAGUGAAGUGAAUUGUAGUUAUUAAUGGGAUCUAUCCUUUUAUUGAGAAAUUGAUCUAAUUGACUGUCUCCAUUUUAUAAAAAUCUAUGACGUCUAUGAUGUUGGUUAAAGUGUGGGUGUGGAGAUGACAUUUUCUAUGACAGCUGAGACAUUUGACAAUCCAUCCAUCAUGGCCGCUUGGACAGUUGACAGCAGGUUCUCAGCUGAUCAAAAUUUAAAUUAUAAUGAUAAUGAUAAUCUUGUUGAAGAAGGUCUUGGUAUAAGUAAAAUUAAUUUAAAUUGUGAAGAUUUGGAUAAAGAUUUAAGUUUGUUCAGUGUUUCUUUCAACGAAACGCUGGUCCGGCAAAAUGUGAGUCUGGAAACCAAUACAAUAACCAACGAUGCAGUGACCAAAAGAAAUGACGAACUGUUAUAUCACAAUGAACCUUCAUCAAAUAUGCCAAAAAACAAUGUGGAUAUAUCUAAGAACAUGGAUAAAAGCAAAAGGGCAUCAGAUGACAAUAAUGCGAGAUACAAAUGCGAAUAUGAAGGCUGUGAACGUACAUACAGCACAGUUGGCAAUCUGCGUACUCACAUGAAAACACACAAAGGGGAAUACAGGUUUAAAUGUCCUAUUCAAAUGUGCAAUAAAGCUUUUCUCACUUCAUACAGUUUGAAAAUACAUGUACGAGCACACACAAAGACAAAACCAUUCGCUUGCACCAUAGGAAACUGCAAGAAAGCCUUUAAUACACUUUACAGACUCAGGGCACACCAAAGACUCCAUAGCGGGGAUACAUUUAACUGUCAAGCUGACGGUUGUACAAAAUUCUUUACGACACUUAGCGAUUUGAAAAAGCAUGUUCGCACACAUACACAAGAAAGACCUUACAAAUGCGUAACAGACGGCUGUGGGAAGUCAUUCACGGCGUCGCACCACCUGAAGGCGCAUUCCCGCACCCACUCCGGCUCGCGGCCGCACGCGUGCGUGGAGCCCGGCUGCGGCAAACAGUUCUCUACUACCACCAGCCUCAAGACCCACGCCAAGAGACAUCAGGUCGAAACGGAGCCCCACAUUACCGAACUCCAGCCAGCCAAACCCACGACCGAUUUGAUGAACUGGGAUGGGCUCUUGGAAUCAUUCGGUAAAAUCACCACAGAAUGUAGCUCCACAAACGAGAGCUUAAACAAUAUCACGAGGGUAGAUCCUGUCAAUAACACAAACAGCAAUGUAGAUAUUACCGAACUUCUAUUUUAUAACCCUACUAACUUAACGAAACCAAUCGACUACGAUUUAACGAAUAUCGGGGUGUCUCCUUAUGAGGUCGAGAAAAAGAAAGAGAAUUGGAUCGAUGCAUGCGGCUUAGAUCCAAUCGUAACAACUUUACCUCCGUCAAUUGACGUUGUUACACCAUUAACGAACGCGAUAGAAAACGCUACGCCAUUACCUGUGCCAAUUGAAACGAAUACUAAAAUUGACGGCAAAUCUAAAGCCAUGCAACUUGCGUUAGCCAACGAAAUUGAGGUACAAGCUCCUUGGGUCGAUGUGAGUGCUUUGGCUGCUUCUAUAUCAGAAACUCCAGUAAGCAUCAAAGAGGAGACGCCUGAAAGCAUUUUCACUCUUGCCACUUUCGUUCCUACUCAUAUGCAAAGUUAUAUAGAUUUAAACACUGAAGCAGCGCCCACAGCCAAUGUUAUAACUCAAGAAUCUUUCGAAUUGGACACUCCGAGCAUACUGGACGUCGGUGAUAAAGUGUUUAACGAUAGUGAGCUUGUUACCAACUUGGAAGUGAAUAAACUCGACUCUGACAUUGAUAACUUCCUCAAAGACUCAGUUGAAGAUAGAUCGCUCAAUACUCCGCCACCGUCAAAAGUGCAACAGAAUAUCGAAAUAAAUCCAGCGAAUUCGGUUUUGUUUAACACAGAUCUUGACUUGGAAGAUACACUAUUGUUCGACAACGAACCACCUUCAGAUAUGUAUGUGGUGAGGACGGAAAACAUAUUCGGGAAAGAGAUCGCUAAAAGAAACGCAUUGGAACAAUUAGCGGCAGACGCUGGAAUAUGUUCGUGUAAAAAGUGCGAGUGUGAUCCUUCAAAGGGUGAAUGUUGCAAUAACGAUGAACCUAAGAAAAGUCAGGGUUGUACGGAAGACAAAUGCUCGUGUGUCGAUUGCAAAUGCGAUCACGCCGCUAUGAAAUGCGCCGUAGGCUGCGGUCGAGCAACUGACACUAAUCACAAUACGUUUUUGCACUAUCAUAAACGGCACGUUAAUUACAGUUUGGAGGAAUUAGGAGUUUUUACCCUACACGAAUGCGAGGACUCAGCUCCUUCGCCAGCUCAUGAAAUAAUCGACACUUUAAAGUGUUCUUGUUCGAGUGGAUCAACGCAAUGUAACAGUGAUUGGGAGAAAGGCAGUUCACUUAAAAGUUCCGAUUCGUGUUGCGGUAAAGAUGGUGAAAACUCCAAAGAAAAGUCCUGCUGUGUCACCAUAUGUUUCAAGAAAGUGGAUGCAUUCAAACAGUUUCUGAACGAUAACGAUCUGUUGCACGCUCUGAAAGCCCACAAUUUCAACCUAUCGACGAGUCUAUAAUCGCUUGUAGUCGCUUUAAAAAUCCGCUGCAUUUAAUAUUGUACAAAAGCAUUGUUCCUUGCAUUGAAGUAUCGCUACUAGGUCGCAAAUGUGAAAUCGGUAUGUUUUUUUAAUUUCUCUAUUCGUAUACAUUUUAUUAUCCAUUUUUUAAAUACUUAAUUGCCAAUGAAAAUAAAAUGAGAGUAUAUUAUAACUUCACUACCAAUCAAAACUUCAUUUGACCUUUCUAAUAACAGUUAGGUAGAUAUUUUAUAAGAAUUAUAACACAAUAUGUAUAUUAUAUGGAUAAAAAAUAAUGUGGACAAAUUCCGGAUUAUAUUUACGUGAGAAAAUAUGGCUCUGACAUUCUAAGGUCAAAAUAAAAGAUAUUGUUAUAAGACGUGUUGAAGUUAUACAAACGACCCCGAUAUAAGUACGCACUACGUAGUUAUAAGAAUGUUUUUGCAUUUGUUAUAGCGAAUAUUGCUAAAUAAAUCUUGCCCAAUAAAAUCUUAGUAAUAAAAUACCUAUA